CAGAACGGAACACACAACACACACACACACACACACUGUGAAUGUGAUGGCCAUGGCUGAUUCAGUUUCAGAUUCAGAUUCAGUUUCAGACAUAACCAAAUUGUUCGAACCCAUAAACCUGAAGGAGCUUCCUCACCUCACUGACUUCAUCCCUAACCUCCAAUCCCUUCCCAAUCCACUCGACCAGAAUCCAUACUUCGACGCCCACCAAGUUGAAGGCUUCUACUUCACACAAUCCGACGUCGUUCUCCGCCAGAUCUCCUACUCCGACCACCUUCCUCGCUUCGCCUACCACCGCGCCGGUCCCCGCAAACAAGUCUACUUCGACCCGCGCGAUGUCAGGGUUGCUAUUGUCACCUGCGGGGGACUCUGCCCCGGUCUCAACACCGUCAUCAGGGAACUCGUCGUUGGCCUGUGGGACCUCUAUGGUGUGCGUCAAAUUUCCGGCAUCACCGCUGGGUACAGAGGUUUUUACUCCACCGAGCCCGUUCCUCUUAACCCAAACGUUGUUCGCGAUUGGCACAACAAGGGUGGCACCGUUCUUCAAACUUCUAGAGGCGGUUUUGAUCUCCACAAGAUCGUUGAUGCUAUCCAAAAUCGCCGCUUCAAUCAGUUGUACAUUAUAGGUGGAGAUGGGAGUAUGAGAGGGGCUGUGAAGAUAUUCAACGAAAUACGGAACCGCAAACUGAAUGUUGCAGUCGUUGGAAUUCCUAAAACUGUGGACAAUGAUGUUGGAAUAAUUGACAGAUCUUUUGGAUUCCAAACAGCAGUUGAAAUGGCUCAGCAGGCAAUCAGUGCUGCUCAUGUGGAGGCCGAGAGUGCAGUUAAUGGCAUAGGCCUGGUGAAGUUGAUGGGUCGAAGCACGGGUCACAUUGCUCUUCAUGCAACACUCAGCAGCCGCGACGUCGAUUGCUGCUUGAUUCCUGAGAUGGAUUUUUACUUGGAAGGAAAAGGAGGGCUCUUUGAGUUUCUUGAACAACGACUGAAGUCAAAUGGGCAUGCAGUGCUUGUAGUUGCCGAGGGCGCCGGCCAGGACCUUAUACCCAGAAGCGAAUCACAGAAGCAAGACCGGGAUGAGUCUGGUAACAUGGUGUUUUUAGAUGUUGGUGCGUGGUUGAAGUCUGAGCUGAAGGACUGGUGGGAUAGGGACCACCCUGGUGAGUUGUUCACUGUGAAGUACAUUGAUCCUACAUACAUGAUUCGUGCGGUUCAUGCAAAUGCUACUGAUAACUUGUACUGUACACUCGUAGCGCACUCUGCAAUUCAUGGUGUCAUGGCAGGGUAUACUGGGUUUGUUGCUGGUCCUAUCAAUGGGAACUAUGCAUACAUCCCAUUAGAAGAUGUAGCAUGUGCAAAUAACCCUGUCAAUACUAAAGAUCAUAGGUGGUCAUGGGUGAGAUCUGUCACCAAUCAGCCUGAUUUUGUAAGGAGCUAGCUAGACUUUCUUCAGCUAGACUUUCUUCAAGUAUCAGAAAUUCCAAUUAUCUUUCUUGGAACACAAAACUCUGAAGGGUCUUGGUAUAUGCAGAUGAUGAUGCAGAUGUACCAACUUGUGUAUAUUUUGUGACACAAAUUUUAGGCUGGCUAUUAUAAUUAUGUAUAAAUCAACUUCCUUAAACGUAUUUUUCGAGUUGAGUUUUAUUAGUAUUUCUAUCCUCCAA